GGAGCCGCACGGAGGUUUCAGCUUCGUGCAGGUUUAAGAAUUCUCAUAUCUUGAAGAUGAAGUCAGAGAACAUCUCUCUACAGAAGCUUCUCCAACGUCUGAAGACGUAUGAACAGUACGAGCAUCCAGUCACCGCCUCUCACCAUUAAUGACCCGGACGUUCAUGUCCCAAUCUAGCUCAACCCAUCUCAUGCACGCCAAACUGUUUCUAAUCAAUUCAUUUCCAUCGCCGAGCUGUCGAAGAAUAUAUCAGGAAUUCUCCCUGAAUUCUCGCUCUGUAUCAGGAACAGAUCGAUGGAGGAUUACAUAGCGAAGUGGGUGACCUCAGGCGUGCUCUUCUGGUCGACCACCUUCUUACUCGUUCGAAGCCUGUUCCGGCACCGCUCUUUCGACUUCAGCAACCGCGUCGUCUCCGCCAUCCACGCCGUGGUCGCCGUUUCCUUCGCCUCCUUCUCCGUGCAGGACUGGAGUUGCCCCCUGUGUCCCUUGGCCUCGAGGUCUUCUCCUCUGCAGAUGAAAGCCUUGGCCGUGACGCUAUCGUAUCUGAUUUAUGAUCUCGUGUGCUGCCUGUUCGACCGAAAUCCCAAGACGGACAACUCCAUCCAUCACGUAAUUAGCAUCGUCGGAAUCGGAGCAGGUCUUGCCUACGAAAUGUGUGGGUCAGAAAUGGUGGCAUCGAUGUGGAUCACAGAGAUCUCUAGCCCUUUCCUCCACAUGAGGGAGCUUCUCAAAGAGCUUGGCCAUAGGGACACCGACCUAAAUUUCACAGUCGAUGUUUUGUUCGCUGCCAUUUUCUCCCUGGCCAGGAUGGUCGGUGGCCCAUAUCUGACAUAUGUGACGCUGAAAGCGGACAACCCGCUCCUGAUUAAGGCCAUGGCACUGGGGCUGCAGCUGGUCAGUGCCUUCUGGUUCUACAAGAUCCUCAAGAUGUUCAGAUAUAAGAUAGCAAAGAGGAGGAGGUCGGUAGAUAUGGGUAUGGCAGCUGCCAAAGUUUCAGCUCGUUCGAGUUAAUGCUUAGUGAAUGCAUUGUUUUUUUUUUGGGUUCUUAGCGGAGAGCAUCUUUGCAGAUGAACACCGGUUCUGAAUCAGUUUAUGCUCUGUUGAUGACUGCAAUGAAGAAGAUUGUGCUUUCAGAAUU